AAAAAACAUAAGCAAACAAGUAAAAAGAGAACAUCUCUCAACUGAAACACAGCCUAAAACCCAAACUGUUACGAUGAUGGCAACUGAAACCCUAGAUACUCCGACCAAUGGCUCCACAUCCAACGGCAAAGGUGAAACAAACCAACCGGAAGACUGCGCAACUGUCUCUCAUUCUUCUCCAGAUGCAAAACCAGUAGAAGAUGGGGAACAAGGAGAAAAGCGUAAGAAAACCGAAUCCGAAACCGUUGAGAAAACCACUUCAGUUCACCCUCUAUCGAAGACGAGUCUCUGCUCUUAUUUCAGGCGGACAGGCGGUGAGUGUAGCCACGGAGAAACGUGCCGGUAUGCUCAUGGGGAGGAAGAGCUCCGGCCACGACCAGAUAAUACAUGGGACCCUACUUCCGAGAGGGCGAAGAAGUUGAAGUUAGAGAAUGAAGAUAGAGACAAAGCGGACGAAAGAGAUGACGAAGUUAUGAUGACGGAAACGAUAUCAGAAGAUGGAUGCUCUGAGUCUGCGCUUGAUAAGUGUUUAGUGAAUCUUCCGAUGAAGUGGAGUUCGGAUAAUUUACGGAACUUUCUCAACGAGCAGGGAAUCGAGUAUAAAUCAGCUAAGACAAAGAAAGGAAUGAUUGUAGGAUUUGUUACAUUUGAAACCACAGAGCAAGUGAAAACUGGAAUCGAGAAGCUGCAGGGGAAGCCAUAUGGGAAUAGAACUUUAAAGAUAGCAGAUGUCAUCCCAAGAUCUUUUGACAGAAACGUGAAACCAAAAAUGGUUUCAGACAAUUCAGAUACAUUACAACCUGCAAACGAGGUUGAAGAUGGAGAUUCCGUUAAUGACAGUUCUACCCCUGGAAGUUCUGUAUUGAAGGGUAGAAGUGCCAGGGAAGUUGUGACUCCACUUGCCCAUUUGUCUUACAAAGAUCAACUGGAACACAAGAAGACUUCUCUUUCACAGACUAUGAAAAAACUUACUAGAAAUGCACGUAAAGCUUGUCCCAAUGGGGUUACACUACCAGAUUGGAUUCUUAAUUCCAGGGAAAUUGGUGGUCUUCCAUGCAAACUAGAGGGGAUAAUUGAAUCACCACUUGUCAAUGGAUACAGAAAUAAAUGUGAAUUUUCAGUUGGAUAUUCUUUACAAGGAAAACCUACAGUGGGAUUUUCUUUAGGAAACUUCAGGGAAGGUGUGACAGCAGUUGAAGAACCUCUAGAUUGUCCAAAUGUUUCUAGAAUCGGUUGCAAGUAUGCUAAAAUCUUCCAGAAGUUUCUAGAAAGUUCAACUUUCCCUAUUUGGAAUAGGAUGAAUAAUACUGGAUUUUGGCGCCAACUAACAGUCAGAGAAGGAAGGACACCUGGCAAGAUUGCUGAGGUGGAAUCUGGUGAAUCAAAUGUUUCAGAAGUCUUGGUUAUGGUUCAGAUUUGCUCAAAGGGUAUUGAUAAUGAAGCUAUAAAUGUUGAACUUGAGAAAAUGGCUGAAGCUUUUGUAAUCGGAGCUUCUACAAAUUCUCCUUCUUUGCCUCUUACUGUGUUGGUUGUUCAGGAUCAUCAAGGAAUAUCCAAUGUGGCACCAGCUGAUGCUCCAUUGCGCCACCUGUCACUUACCAAGGGUGAAAGUAGAUUAAUGGAGGAUUCUGAAAUUGUUGCAGAAGCUAGAAUUCAAGAUUAUAUAAAUAAUCUUCGGUUUUUUAUAUCCCCUACAGCUUUUUUCCAAGUGAACACCCUUGCAGCAGAAAAACUGUACUCACUUGCUGGAGAUUGGGCCAAUUUAGGGCCCAAUACCUUACUUUUUGAUGUAUGUUGUGGGACCGGAACCAUUGGGCUUACUCUAGCCCACCGUGUUGGAAUGGUGGUUGGAAUUGAAAUGAAUGCUUCUGCAGUAGCUGAUGCAAAUCGGAAUGCUGAAAUAAAUGGAAUCAAGAACUGCAGAUUUGUCUGUUCAAAAGCGGAAGAUGUGAUGGGGUCGCUAUUAAAAGAGUACUUAACAAAAAAAGUAGACUCUGGAAUCAAUGAUUCCGAUGUUGUUGGUAUCAAAGAAGAAGCAAGUGCUUCUGAAGACAAAGCAGUAGAUGGGGUUGAGGUUAAAGAUGAGAAAAAGGAUAUCAAAGAAGUUAAAAAGGAGGAAGAGAGUAAUUGUGUUGAUGAAAACAAUAAUAAUAAUAAUAAUAAUAAUAAGAUGCAUUAUUUUGAAGGCAUGAAAGAAGUUAAGAAGGAAGAAGAGAGCAAUUGUGUUAGUGAAAGCAAUAAUGACAAGAAGUUGCAUUAUUUUGAAAAUGUGGUUGCCAUUGUUGAUCCUCCCCGUGUUGGACUUCAUCCCACUGUGAUCAAGGCUCUUAGAACUCAUUCACGUUUAAGGAGGCUUGUUUAUAUUUCGUGUAAUCCCGAAAGUCUAAUGGCAAAUGCAAUUGAGCUUUGUACUCCUUCUGAUGAUAGUAAUGAGAAAGGGAAUAAGAACAACAGAGGAUGGAGAAAUAUGAGUAGUGCUGGUUUGGCUCGACAUAGAGCCAAAUCUAUGCCUAAUUCUGAACCCUUUAAGCCGGUCAAAGCCAUGGCUGUUGACCUUUUCCCACAUACCCCACAUUGUGAACUUGUCAUGCUUCUUGAAAGGUGAACCAAGUAAAUCUUACUUCCUAACAUUUUUUUUUUACCCGAAUAUAAAAAAAAUGUUAUUUGUAUUAUUUAGUGAUUAUGACAAUGUUUUAUCUUUUUUGUAUUUUUCAAGUUUUGUAUUCAUGAAAACGUUUUUGUAUUGGUUGAGGAUCUUAAAAGGAGGAUAUGGUUGUCGCGUUUAGCGAGAGAAUAGUGAAAGAUGUCUAACUUUUUGGAUUUGAGCUGUAUUUUAAUUUUUAUGUAUAGAUACUUUUUGGGCUA